AUGUCCACUCCGACCAGUAUCUUCAAACUGUCACUUCCUUUGAAUUCAUUCAAAUUAAACAUAACUAAACUACCCAUCUCCCUAAAAACCACAAAUUCCAACAGCACAAAAUUAUCGCCACCGUCAUGGCGGCGGAUACUAGCUGAAAGAUCCUUCGGUGCCCCAAGCGAGGUUCCUUCAAGGCCAAACUAUACGUUACCGUCGCCGGAUGUUCUGGAGAUUGUAGGGACUUCUGAAAUGGACCCUUCCGAUAGCGACCCUCCACCACUCAGUCGUCCUACGCCUGACAGUCGUCCUACGCCUGACACUGGUCCUGAUUUUUCGAAGCCACCAUUGGGACCUCCUCCAACUGGUCCUAAAGUAGUUCCUAUCCCACCAUCACCUCCUCCCAGUCGGGAGCCGCCACCUGAAGUGAAUCCUCCUUCAACUCCUCCGGAUUAUGUGUCGCCACCCUCUGUACCACCAAAAAUUCCAAAACUGGGAAUCCCUCCUGAAGUUCUAGUUGGGAAAUAA